GUCGGACUGUGUUUGAGUAUGCACGCCUCUCCUAACAUUCUAGCUACCCACGUGUGUUACAUUUCUGUAGUGUAAAGGAAACAUCAGGCGGAUUUGUAGUUCUUGCCGGUCGGAAAACUUCAAAAUGGUGAGUCGUGCUUUGGAAUUUUUGUGUUAAAACAAAGUGCGAACUCUGCGUUCUGUACAUAAAAGAACAUCAGGCUGAUGCUGAAACUCAAUUCUAUGUGUAUCUUGUGUUUAUCUUUCCCGAAGUAAAAACUAUGAUUCUGUCCAGUGUGCUAUUCUGUAAAAUCAAACGGUGAUUCACGUCCUAGCUGCAACACAAUUGUCUGUAUCAGUGGUUCAAUACCUUUUUUAAAUGCGGCAUAAUUCAAUGUGACAACAAUGUGAAAGAUACAUCUAUUUAUUUACCCUCUUUUACAUUAUAAGUGCCUUGUAAAUGUUGAAUUUACAUGUAGCCUUAGGGAGAUAUUCAUAUCCAUAUCUACUUAUUCCAUGCCUCUCAAGUAUCCGAAGUUGGGGCUCAAAUCCCUGUAUUCCCUUUUUUUCCCCCCUAUCCUAAUAUCCUUUUUGUUCUAGGAUCUCCAUAUGAUGGGUGUGUGAGUGUAUAACAGAGCUCCACAGCAAUACUAUUCACUGUAAUGUGUCUUUAACCCCUUCAGGACCGGACUGUUUUGACCAUGUUGUACAAUAGAUGUGUUUUGAAAUCAGUCUGUAAAUAAGAUACAUUGUCCUUGUUAAAAAUUUCAUGUUGUGUACUUUAUUGUUAGUAAAAAAAACAGUAAAGGCCUUUUUAAACCUGGCAAGGGGAGUACGGCCACCAAAACAGUGACUAGGGCCAGCACUGUAUUUAUUGCGAGGCUGACAAGGCAUUGCUUUUUUUGCCACCCAUCCAAACGCCUUGGCAGAUGACAUGUCAGCCUCUUGUCGUCGUCGUCGUCCCCCCCCCCCGGCUGGCAUGUAAGGAGGUGUGGACGCACUCUCCCCUGAGCAUUUCCUGCCCAGCUAACUCGCGCCCCGCAGUGAUGCCAGAGCUGGAAUAUGAUGUCACUCAGGCCUCGGCAUCACUAAGAGGAGCGCGAGGGAGCUGAGCAGGAAGAUCAGAGCUCCCUCGCAUGCCUGCAGUGACAGCACGCCCAGCCAAGCAGCCCCACUGGACUCCAGGGAAAUAGAGACUCCAUGUCAUCACUCCCAAAGGUAGGGAGACUGGGUGGAGUGAAAUUUAAAAAAAUAAAGUGUGUGUGUGUGUCUGUGAGUGAGUUUGUAUGUGUGCCUGUCAAAGAGUUUGUGUGUUUGUCAAUGAGUUUGUAUGUGUUUCAGUGAAAGUGUGUGUUGGUUAAACAGUGUGUGUGUGCCAAUGACUGUGUAUCUGUCAGUGAGUGUAUGUCAGGCAAAGAGUGUGUUGGUGUUAAAAAGGAAGAGAAGUUUAGAUUGGGGGGAGGGCUACCCGAGUUUUGUCAUGCCUUGGGCAGCACAAAAUCAAAAUACACCACUGACUGGGGCACUAUAGUGUUAGGAAUGUACAUUUGUAUUCUUCAUGUUUUAGUCUUCCUUAUGUCACCUAAAGGUUUUCAGAAUACCCCUGCCCCUGGUCACACCCCCAAUCACACACCUAAAAUUAAAGUGUCCAUAUUUUUCCAUUUGGAAUGAUGGGUGGAAUGCUUGUAGUUUCAAUUAUUGUCAGAAUAGAUAUCCAGUCCUUACUAAAAAUAUUUUAUGGACUAUAUUGACUCUAAAAAUGUUUGAACCUAUGCAGAAGGUAUGUAAUAAUAUACUAGUAAACUGACGUCAAAACUUGAGCUCUGGAGGUGGAAAUCUCUGUUUAAAAUGUAUACAAUAAAUAAAUACACAUAAGAUGCAGCUUUUAUACUGAGUAAUCUAUAUCCACUUUAUACACACUGUACAGCCAUCUGACUGCAAUUCUAAUGAGUAGUCUAUAAUACCGGUUGUACAUAUAGGCUACAUAGGGAUGAAUAAAUAAUAAUAGAAAUGAAAACCUAAAAUACAUAUAAGGGAUCUAAAAGGAAGCCACUUAAUUCAUAUACUGUAUUGUGCUUUACAAUGUCGCUGAGAGUCUCCUGGGAGACAUCUAAUGAACCUCUGUGAGUAUAGGUCCAGUUAGUUUAUAUGGAUGAGUGAUUUUUGAGAUGUGGGUAUAAUUUGAUACAUUAUCCAUCUAACACAAUAGAAUUUUGGCUGUACAUCAUAUUGAAGAUGGAACUAGUGGGUGGCAUUUUGAUGGCUAAUGAUCAAUUAUAUCUUCUCCAUAGAUUCGUUACUACUGCACAAAGUCUUAUUAGUGAAGGCUCCCCGUAUGGGGACUUUCUACUCACUAAUAGUAAAGCCGGCUCCCUUCAGUUAUCUCUUUACCAGAGAACACCCCCUUACUUGCACUUGGAUUCGACCCUGUACGGGGAGUUCCCUCUCACUAAUAGUAAGUCAGACUUCAUCCCUUCACCAGAAAACAUCUCCUGAUUUGCACUUGGGCUCCACCCAUUCUGGACGUGGCGCUCUCAUCAUACGCUCUACUCAUUUGCCGUAACGAGGGGCUGUCCCCAUCAUCCAUAUAAAAACGUCUGUGGCUCAAGAAUUCUGUUCGACUCUUGAAAAAGGCACAUUUCGGUGCCGAAACCCGCGUCCAGAAAAUGCUGUCUCUUAUUUUAGAUAGUUAUUUGGAUACCUUUCUCUACUUAUAAGACAAUCUUUAUUCAGUUAUGUGUGCAAUUUAGUUUAGGGGACUGCCUUGAAGCAGUAUACAGCAGGGGUGGUUUAUAGAUUGAGAAUCAACCCACAAAAUGGAACUUUGUUUUUUGUAUUCCCUGACUUCUCACAAUUCGAAUCUAGGCUUUGUGAGUUGUGUGAUGAUCGAAUAGUCGGUAAAGUAAUAAAGUACAAUUGCUAGUAGAGUACCUACUUUCAGCAGUGAGGGUAAGACACUGCUGCUGCUAACAUUGGAGUUGCAACAUUUUAACAACUUAAUGCUGCAUCUAAUACAUUGCCCUAGGGAUUUCCUUGGGCUGUAACUACUUUGUAUUUAAUAUCUACAGUCUGUUUUAAUACCUCAAUAGUGUCAAUUUCUUAUUGUCAGUAUUUCAGCUGGUAUAAAUAAUUAACUUGAUGUGUUUCUGCCGUUUACUGCCUUGAGUAUUAUUUGACUUUUGCCCUCUGCUGAAUGGAUCUAGUGUGCUCUCUAAUGUGCAAUUUAUAUUUAAAUUAUAUUUUAAGACUUGUAAGUUCUUUCCAUCAAACGUCACUACUUUUUCCCACUGGACCAAGGACAUAAGUCUACUAAUUUAGAUAUUUGUAGUAUUUAAAUUUAAUAUAAAACUUUUUUUUUUUCUGCCUGUAUCUAAUUUAAUAUAAUGUUAAACUACAAGAUCUAAUCUUUAUACUGACUGGUUAUUUAACUAGAAUAUAUUUAUAGGUUUUCCAGGUACCUAUUUUCACAAUAGGAAUCUAUCUUUCCCUUUUUUACUUUUCUCACAAGUGUUGUUUUGUGACACACCAAAGAGUCCCAGUUAUCAGUUGAUACCUAUAUUUCCCCUCUCUCUUCUGGGCCAUUUUUAGUGGCCACAGAUAGACAGAUGAACUGUAUGCAGCUCUCAAAGGCUUAGGUAUAGGGUUGAUAUUGAGUUAUCCUUAACCCCUUAAGGCAGGGGUCAUCAAACUCCGGCCCCCCAGAUGUUGCUGAACUACAACUCCCAUGAUUCUCUGGCUAUCUAUGUAAUUCAAAGAAUCAUGGGAGUUGUAGUUCAGCAACAUCUGGGGGGGUUGGAGUUUGAGGACCCCUGCCUUAAGGACACAUGACAUGUGUGACGAUUCCCUUUUAUUCCAGAAGUUUGGUCCUUAAGGGGUUAAAGGGAAACUAUAGUGCCAGGAAAACAAAAUCAAUUUGUUUUCCCCUUCUGUUACUUACCUGAAAUCUGGCAUCGAUUUCCUUGGCGCUGGUUCAGGCAGCUCCUUCACUCCUCAUCCACGGUCAUUAGUCUGCGUGGGACUUAAUGCGCUUGCAUUAGGUCUUCCCCCAUACAAAAGCAUUGUAUAAUGCUUUUCGGGUGACGCUGGAUGUCCUCAUGCAGAGCGUGUGGACAUCCAGUGUCAGUCUGGCGACCAAAAGUAGCCUAACCAGCCGAAAGUAGAGUUAACCCUGGAAAGUAAUUAUUGCAGUUUAAAAAAAAAAAAAGCUGAAGUGGUCUGGGUGCCUACAGUGUCCCUUUAACUACCAAAAAUGUAUUUAGUUCCUACACAUAUUAGGCAUAUUGCAAUCAGGACUGAUAUGUGAAUAUAUUUUUAGUUCUUUUUCUUUUAUUGCACUGGAUGUGUAAAAAUGAUUAAAGGAACACUAAAGCGUUAGGAAGACAAACCUGUAUUCCUAAUGCUUCAGUAUUUCUGUCCUUAGUCAUAAAGACUCCAAUAAAAAUAACAAUAAAAAAAAAAAAAGGCUUUUAACCCCUUAAGAACACAGAUUCAAAAGCUUGUCUUGCACUUAAGGACACAAGUCAUUUUCAAAUUGUUUGCUGUUUGCGUUCAACUGCAAUUUGCAUUUUACUAUUUUAUUGCACCAACACAUUUUAUAUACCGUUUUUUUAAAGGACAAAAAUGGCUUUAAAUUGAUGUAACAUCAUAAACUGCACUAAUUGCCUAACAUGGUUAAGUAAUCCUCUAGUGGUUGUCUAUGAGACAGCCACUAGAGGAGCUUCCGGGUUCUUAAAACACUUUUACAAACCCGGAAGCAUGAGGACCUCCAGCGUCGCCGGAAUCCCCAUAGGAAAGCAUUGAAUAAUACUCGUGCGGUGUGGUGUAAUGCUCGUCCGGCCAUUGCCGUGCGUGCCCGGCAAUUGAUGCGCAUUAGGUCUCCCCCGCCGGCUGGUGUCAGCGGGGGAGGAGAGUUGUCGGAGCCUGUCCCAGUGCCGAGGGACAUUGGCGCUGGGUACAGGUAAGUCACUGAAGGGGGUUUAACCCCCUCAGCAACCUGGGAUGGGAGGUGGGAGGGAGAGGGGACCUGCAGUGCCAGAAAAACUUUUUUUUUCCUGGCACUGAAGAGUCCCUUUAGGGAAAGUAAUUAAAAAUAAAUUAAUUUAGUUGUUCUGAUUUACAGAAUAUAUAAUGUGUCUAGGAUUUUAAGUUUUUUUUUUGGUAGUUACAGGUCACAAAACACAAGGAGUAAAAUAAACUUUUAACCCCUUCAGACCGGAGGGCGUACUAUUACGCCCUAUUUUAGGCGGCUCUAAACGCCGCCGGGCGUAAUAGUACGCCCUCCGGUUUUUGUUUACUUACCCGGUCGCCGGCGAUCCCACACCGGUGAUGGCGGUUGGGGGGACUCCCAGGGAGCCACCCGCGGCACAUCUUCUCUCCUGCAUCCCCCCGGCCAUGUGAGAGUGAGGUCCUUGUGAGGACCUCACUAUUACAUGGCCGGGAUAGCUGGCUGCUGUAUUGCCAGCAGGGGGACUGCCUGUAAUGACAAGUAGCCCCCCUGCUGGCUGGAAAUAAAAUCAAAUAAAGUUCAAUAAAUUAAUUAAUUCUACAUAUAUAUGUUAUAUUUUUACAUAAUUAGGUAUCUUAAUUAAUUAAUUAAUUAAUUAAUUAAUUACAAUUAGCGGGACCUGCCUGACAACCCAUGCCCAAAGUAAAGGGAAUUUAAUUUGCUAGCACUAUAUUUAACCCUAUAACUUUCCAAGACACCAUAAAACCUGUACAUAGGGGGUACUGUUCUACUCGGGAGACUUUGCUGAACACAAAUAUUAGUGUUUCAAAACAGUAAAAUGUAUUACAAUGAUUAUAUCGCCAGUAAAAGUGACGUUUUUUGUAAUUUUCACGCACAAACCGCACUUACACAGACGAUAUUAUUGCUGUGAUACUUUUUACUGUUUUGAAACACAAAUAUUUGUGUUCAGCGAAGUCUCCCGAGUACAACAGUACCCCUCAUGUACAGGUUUUAUGGUGUUUUCAAAAGUUACAGCAUCAAAUAUAAGGCAUUUGUAAAAGUAGACACUCCAGGGUAUUUCAAUUGGCAUAAUUUAAACCUUAGCACAGGAUCUUUUUUGCUAGUUUGUACCAAGUCUAGUAGCAAUUGGCAUUUUUUAAACCUUUUUGACACACACUUGGAGAUGUUACUGUAUAUUUUGCAAUCCUUAUGUAUGCUACGGCAGUAUAACACCUAAUAUGUUGCUCAGCUAUGUCGUCUUAGUACAACAAUACCCCCAUUUGUACCUUUUUCAGGGAUAUGUGGAUGUUGAAGGGGCACAUUGGAGACCAAGCAAUAUCAGUUUUUUUCAAACUUUGAAUUUUGACGCUGGGUCCAUGUGCUAUUUUAGAGCAUCUUAGCAGGCUGAUAAUUUAAACUACCCCACAAAGGCCUACUAUUUCUUAAAGAAGGUAUUAAUCACUGUAUUAACCUGCAUCAAACUCUUAGGCACUGUCUGUCAACUCUCUGAUAGAAUUCAGAACUUCCUAAGCAUUUUUAACUUUUUACACAGGAACUUUAACUAAAUAAUGUUAUAAAUUAUUAUUUUUUAAAUCUCUCUUCACCCCUAACGUAACAAAUUUUCCAUGAAUUACCACACACCCUAAUUAACUAAAUAAAAUUAGAAAAAUAAAAAUAAUGAAAUAGAGAGUCAGAGGUCAGAAUUGCAGCAGGCUCCUUGGCCCUAAAAGUCAUCAGCAACUUUAAAAUGGAAGAAACACACACACCACACACCACACACCACCACCACCACCACCCUCCUUUGCACACCUGGUGUAAUCCUGUGGUGUCUGGCAAGGAUCAUGUAGACAUAGCAGAAAUUACCAUGUUUUGUCCUGAUGAAAGCUCCAUGUGGGAGCUGAAACGUUGACUUUUUAAAUGGAUUGAAUAAAAGUUAAAUUUUAUUUGAAAAUCUCUAUAAAGUCCUUGGAGUGCGGUCAUUUCUGCUAUGUAUGUAUAUGUAUACAUACAUGCUGCUAGCCCGGCUGAUGGUUCCCCCACUGUGGCACUCGGGGAGCAGCCCAGAAACCAGCUGAAACUGAAAAUCCGGAAAUGUGGAUUUAAUGUCAGGAUUUGCCUUUUUGUAUAGAAUAAAGGCAUUGUGUGUCGCCAUUUGCAUUAGGUAAAUGCCAAGCUUUUUGUACCAUACCUUGGUCUUCCUCAGUAUUAAAUAUGGCUGCAGCAGUUGGUCAGGCAGGUCAACUCCCUCCAUAUGCUUGUUGUACUGCCUAAUGCAGACUGGUACCCGUCUAGUUUCUUGUCUGCCACAAACUGCGACUCUUCGAGUGUGCUCAGUUUGCAUGAAUGUUGGCAUGAACCUCCUUUUUAUCUUUAAAUUUGAGAGCCAGCAGUUUGUCCUGGCAGAAAGCAGCUGUUUCCCCCCCUCUUGAGCUUUUUUUGUGCCAGGGCUUUUGGGAAACAGACACGUGUUUUCCGGGUAGUGCCACAGUUUCAAAGCAAUAAAGCAUACUAAGAAGAGGGAUGCUGUUAUAGUAGUUAUCUAUAUAUAAAUGAUACCCCUUGUUUAGCAAUGGGUUAAUUAGAUCCCAUACAAUUUCCUGCUAGUCCGAAUGAUAUCCAGGCAACCUGGAGGAUCCAAGUGGCUGUCUUUACCUUCGUAAACACGGAAGGUGUAAACAUAGCCACUGGCACUAUAUUGCUUAAAUCCCAGUCUGCCCUUGUAUUUCAUCAAAGACUCCUCUACACAAAUAUUUUUUUGUGGGGUGUAAAUUGAGCCAAAUUGUCUGUUGAAGUGGGAAAUUAGGGGGCGAAUCUUAUAGAUGUUAUCGUACUGAGGAUUAUCUCUUGGGGGGCACUUUGAAUUAUCGCUGAACUGUAAAAAGCAAAGUAUUGCUUCAUAUCUGGACCUAUUCAUGGUCUGGGAGUAAAUAGGGAUGCUGCAUACAGGAUCUUUGGACCAGUACAUCCUGAUGCAGGGUUCUUUAAUAUUGCCCAUUAGCAUAGUUAGUGGCCAUUUUUUUUUUUUUUUUUUUAAUUCUGACACACUGAUGGGGUACCAACUCCCUUUCCUGGUGAUGAGACUCUGAUCAUUAAGUGUCAGGUACUGCGCAGCAUAAAUGUUGGUCUGGGUGACGAUAUCCCCUAAAAUAUCAUCCCCCAAGUUGCUGCAUGAAAUCCAGUGCACUGUAGUUAGCCAAGUCCAACUGAAUUCCUGGACUACCAUUAAACUCUGGGAUGUCAGGCGUAAAACCAUUUGGGGGUUCCCAGUCACCAGCAUCAUGAGCCAUGUCAGGGGACUCGGCGCUUACAACAGGGGGCCCUGCAGUAUCUGUCACAGAGUCAUACCACUCUGAGGCAGUGUCUGUGGCGUCAGUCUGCUGAUAAAAUAUCAUAGAUCUCCUCAGCAGUGUACCUUUUAGACAUUGUGAAGCUGUAACUUGAACUUAGUUUUUCUAACUUUUUUUUAACGCCUUCAGGACCGGACUGUGUUUGAGAUGUUUGUACGUUAGGGACCAGAGCUAUUUUAACACUUUUGUGGCAUUUGUGUUUAGCUGUAAUUUUCCUCUAUCUCAUUUACUGUUCCGAUACAAAUUAUAUAUUGUUUUUUUUUCAGGACAAAAAGGGCUUUCUUUACAUAUUAUUAUUUUUAUCAUGUCAUAUAAGUUAAUUUUAAAAAAACAAUAAAAUUAGGUGAAAAAAAAAAAGUUUUUUGACUUCUACUUAAAAAAAUCUUUUACUGAUCUACAAAAUCGAAUGAAACAAACUGCUAAAUAGAUUAAAAAUUUUGUCCUGAGUUUAAAACACCCAAUGUUGACGUGUUUUUUGGCUUUUAUUUGCAAGUUAUAGGGCUAUAAGUACAUGUAGGAAAUUGCUGUUUCAAAAUGUACAUUUUUCAAAUGUAUCAGUUGUGACAUUGUAACACUGUUAUGUCAUAAAGCUCCAAAACACCCCACAUGUAUAUAUUUUUCUUAAACUAGAUAAACUAGGGUAUUCAUCUAAGAAUAUUUUGAUACUUUCUAUGCAGCCAUUUUACCACAAACCUUUGCCAAACUUUGCAUAGCUAGUUUAUAUAUAUUUUUUUUUUUUUUCACAUACAUUGCAAUUCAGGUAUAAAUUCACAGAUUCUGUUAGGUGUCACUACCAAACAACACCCCAAUAAGUGUUCAGCAACAUCUCCCAAGUACAGUGAUACCCCCCAUGUAUAGGUGUGUUGGGUUGUUUGGGGGCUAAAAGGCCACAUUUUGCAGGUGCGCAUAUCAGUUUCCCAGCUUGGAAUUUUGACAUGUAUUCAACCUGCAUGCAUGUCCUAUUUGGGACAUUUUUGAAGCCGGCCAAUGUAUUUUACCCCAUCAAACCAUAUAUUUUUGAAAAGUAGACACCCUAGGGUAUUUCACAUGGUGGUAUUUUAACACUUUCCAUGCACUAAUUCAACCACCAGGCUUUGUCAAACAUUGAGUUAGUAAUAGUUUUUUCUGUUUUUGUCACACACAUUGUACUUUAGGCAUGAAUUAACAGAUCCUGUUAUGUAUCACUGUCAAACAACACCCCAAUAUGUGUUCAGCAAGAUCUCCUGAAUACAGUGAUACCGCCCAUGCAUAGGCUUGUCGGGUUCUUUGGGGGCUAAAAGGCCACAUUUGGCAGGUGUGCUUAUCAGUUUUCCAUCUUGGGAUUUUGACAUGUAAUCAACCUGCGCCCAUGUCCCAUUUGAGCCAAUGUAUUUUACCCCCAUCAAACCAUAUAUUUCUGAAAAGUAGACCACCAAGGGUAUUUUAAAUGGUGGUAUUUUAACACUUUUCACACACUGAAUUCUACCACCUGCCUUUGUCAAACUUUUGGGUAGUAAUCUUUUUUUUUUUUGUUUCUUUGUCACACACAUUGUACUUUAGGCAUGAAUUAACAGGUCCUGUUAUGUGUCACUGCCAAACACUGCCCAAUAUGUUCAGCAACAUCUCCCUACAGUGAUACCCCCUAUGUAUAGGGUUGCUGGGUUGUUUGUGGGCCAAAAGGCAACAAUCAGAACUUGUACAUGUCAGUUUUUCAACUUGAUAUAUAGGUAUGCUUGGUCUAUCUUCAGUUUGACAUAUUUUUGCACCCCCCAGUUACCAAUGGUCCCAUACAAGUUUCCCACUUGUCCCCUGGGAGUCAGGACAGCCAGGAGGGUCCAGUUGACCAUCUUUCCCCUCAUAUACACGAAAGGCAAACGUGUAUCCACUUUCGCCCUCCACAGUUUGUACAGUUUUAUGCCAUACCUAGAGCGCUUUGAGGGAAUGUAUUGCCUGAACCCUAAUCUCCCUUUGUAUUUCAUUAGCGAUUCAUCUAUGGAUAAAUUUUGUUGGGGGGUAUAAACAUCCGAAAAUUUGUCCUGAAAAUGGUCUAGCAGUGGGCGUAUUUUAUGAAGCCUAUCGUAUUGGGGGUGAUCUCUAGGGUGACAGAGGGUAUUGUCACUGAAAUGUAAAAAUCUCAGCAGUAACUCGUAUCUGGCUCUAGGCAUGGUUUGGGAGAAUACUGGACUAGACAUUAUUGGCUUGGUGCUCCAGUAUGAGCGAAUCGAUGGCUUCUUUAUAAUCCCCAUGAGCAUUGUAAGAGCCCAGAAUUUUUUUUAAGCACUGGGACAUCUGUGGGAUGCCAGUCAUGCUCUCUGGAUUGUUAUCAAUAAAUUGGGUAGCAUACAAGUUAGUCUGGGAAGCAAUCUCCACCCAGAUGGUAUCCCCUAAGUAUAGUUCUACAUACUGCAUUGGGGAGAAGCCAUCCACAUUAACAUUAAUGCCUGCGUUGGCACUAAAAGGGGGGCGUUGGGCUCGGCUAACUGUGGAGGUACCCAGUCCUCCUCCACAUUCGGCGUGGCAGAGGAAGCACAGCUUCUUUCUUCAGCCGGCUCACACACAGAUGACAUGUCGUCUUGACUAGACGUGUCAGAAAACUGACCUGGGUCAAAAUCUGACGCAGUGUCAGUGGCGUCAGAGUCUGACGCCAAGAAGGCAUAUGCCUCCUGCAAGUUAUACAUACGCUGCAUGUUUUACACACGACUAAAACAAAUUACAAACACACACAAAAAAUGUUAUACUUUUUUUUCUAAAACAGACUAAACAGCAAUCCCUAAACUAACUCCUGUCACAAAAAUCUAAUGGAGAUUUGGGGGAAGGAAACUGACUGACUAAGACAGACCAAGACACAGAUUUUUAAAACAAAUUUAACCCUUCAGGGGCAAAAAAAAAUACAGACAGUACAAAUGCACUGCUGUAACAGAUCUGGCAGGGAAGGGGUUAAAAGGGAUUUUUUAUUCACUUUAGAUACUGUAUAAAGCUCUGGAACACUUCUGCUGCAACAAACUAUCACGAUCUCUGUCUCUCUCGCCUCACAAAACGCUACAGAGGAGAAAGGGGCAGAGAUCACUGUCAAAGUGAGUGUUUGUAACACCCACUUUGACAGCAGCCAAUUGUGAGCGAUCACAGAUCGCUCACACGCCGAAAUUGGCUGUUACUAUCUGCCUAGGAUGUCUGGCAGAUAGUUACAGUGUUAUACCGGCAGGAGCGAUCUUUGAUUGCUUCCCGCAGCCCGUUUUUCGCUAUGACGGUUCAGGACCGUCAGCGGUCCAAACGCACGUUUUACACCAUCAGCGGUCCUGAAGGGGUAAAAACUUUUUUCAUUUAAUUAUUUUUAAAACUUUUUUCUUUUUUUAAAUACUUUUUAAAAAAUGUUUUCCAAACUUUUAGUCCCUAACUAGCCUAACACUCAAUUUCCCACUCAAGUCCACCCACUCCAGCUAACUAAAGAAUCAACAUCAAAUUCAUAAAAUAAAUUAACCCCUAAUGGUGAAAAAAAAAAAUAGAUCACAGUUAAAGGGACACUAUAGUCACCAGAACUACAGCUUAUUAUUAUUAUUAUUAUUAUUAUUAUUAUUGCCAUUUAUAUAGCGCCAACAGAUUCCGUAGCACUUUACAAUAUUAUGAAAGGGGAUUUAACUAUAAAUAGGACAAUUACAAAUAAACUUACAGGAACAAUAGGUUGAAGAGGACCCUGCUCAAUUGAGCUUACAUUCUAUAGGAGGUGGGGUGUAAAACACAUUAGGACAGGAAUGUGCAAUCAAAUAAGGUGGGCUGCCCUUUAGGAGAGGGCAAGAGACGGGUAUGUGAGGUAGGGGUUAGUCUUGGAGGCCAUAAGCUUUCCUAAAGAGAUGGGUUUUAAGGCACUUCUUAAAAGAUGCAAGACUAGGGGAGAGUCGGAUGGCGGUAGGCAGGCUAUUCCAUAGGAAGGGAGCCGCCCGCGAGAAGUCCUGCAAGCGCGAGUUGGCCGUACGGGUGCGGACAACGGACAGGAGGUGGUCACGGGCAGAGCGGAGAGACCGAGAAGGGACAUACCUGUGGAUCAGUGAGGAGAUAUAAGAGGGGCUAGAGUUGUUCAGUGCUUUAUAGGUGUGAGUUAGUGCCUUGAAUUGACUCCUAUAGCACACAGGAAGCCAAUGUAAGGACUGGCAGAGGGGUGAGGUGUGAGAGAACCGACUAGAGAGGAAAAUCAGUCUAGCAGCAGCAUUCAUUACAGACUGUAGGGGUGCAGUACGGCUUUUGGGAAGACCAAGCAGGAGAGGGUUACAAUAAUCCAUGCGUGAAAUUAUUAGAGCAUGGACAAGCUCCUUGGUGGAAAGACAAGGAGCUCAGUUUUUGAGAGAUUGAGUUUCAGAAAGCGGGAGGACAUCCAGUCAGAGAUGGAAGAAAGGCAAGCAGUGACACGUUGCAGGAAAGCAGGGGAGAGGUCCGGGGUGGAGAGAUAUAGCUGGGUGUCAUCAGCGUACAGGUGGUAGUGGAAACCAAAUGAGGUAAUAAGUUUGCUAAGAGAGGCAGUGUAAAGAGAAAAUAGAAGGGGACCAAGGACGGAGCCUUGGGGGACUCCAACCGAGACAGGGCGAGGGGAGGAGGUAUCAUUAGAAAAAGAGACACUGAAUGAGCGUUGGGAGAGAUAAGAGAAAACCACGAGAGGACAGAGUCACAGAGACCAAGCGAUUGCAGAGUUUGAAGAAGGAGAGCAUGAUCAACGGUGUCAAAGGCCGCCGAGAGGUCAAGAAGAAUUAGUAUGGAGUAGUGGCCUUUGGAUUUUGCUGCGAUUAGGUCGUUAGUAACUUUGAUAAGGGCAGUCUCUGUAGAGUGGAGAGGGCGGAAGCCAGAUUGAAGGGGGUCAAGGAGAGAGUUGGAAUUGAGGAAAUGAGACACACGGGUAAAGACGAGUCUUUCCAGAAGCUUUGAGGAAAAAGGGAGCAGGGAUAUGGGACGGUAGUUAGAGGGGGUGGACGGGUCAAGCGAUGUUUUUUUUAGUAUAGGUAAUACAGUGGCAUGUUUAAGGUCAGCAGGGACGAUGCCCUGAAUAUUGAAUUUGUUCUGGUGAGUAGAAUAAUUAUCUUCAGGCUUUUGCUGUAAACACUGUCUUUUUAGAGAAAAUGAAGUGUUUACAUUACAGCCUAGUGAUAACUAGCCACUCCUCAGAUGGCUGUUAGAGAUCCUUCCUGGGUCAUGGCUGACUAAAAUGUAUCCAAACAUUUAGUAUCUCCUCCCUCUGCAUGCAGAGGGGUUAAUUAGCUUUUUCCAGCAUGCAGCUCCUCUUCACUCCUCAGAUGGCUACUAGAUGUGCUUCCUGGGGCAGUGCUGCACAAUGUGUAGCAUUGCCAUUUAUCGUCUCUACCUUCUGCAUGGAAACACUGAGAUUUCCUCAUAGAGAUGCAUUCAUUCAGUGCAUCUCUAUGGGGAGAUAUUGAUUGGCCAGGGGCCUUUAACUCCAUCCUCUGACCCGCCUCCUUGGCUGAGAUAAUCAGAAUUGACAAUCUCAGCCAAUUAAAAGCAUUCAUAUGUGAAAGCAUUGUGAUUUGCUAAGAUCAUCACUUAUGAUGAUGUCAGCCAAGAAGACAAAUCAGGGACCACAGCCAGCACCAGCAGAUUGAAAUAAAGGUACAAUUUUACUCUAUUUAUGGGGCCAGGGUGGCUAGAUAAUAACACUAUAGGGUAAGAAAUACAAGUUUGCAUUCCUGACUUUAUAGUUUUACUUUAGUGAAAUAUCAUCUUAUCAUGCAAGGUAAGAGAAGGUCAUAAGACCUUCUAUAGCAGGCAUCUGAAUCUGGAAGUGCUCAUAGUUCCCCAGGAUUUGGUGGUUUAUUACGCUUUUUUUUUUUGUAUUUUGUUUUAUUUUUAUUUUAUAGGGCUCUACACUUCUCAGUUUUUUAAACUUGGAAGGAAAUAGAAGAGGCAAUAAAAAAAUAAAAUAUAUAUAUAUUAUUUUUUUACCUCUUUACAUAUCUUUACACAUCUAGCCUGCUGAAGAAACUGGGGAAUGCUUCAGAAGUGAGACAUUUAAAAAUCUAGGAAAGUCUUAAUUUAAUAUACAUAUCUGCACAAAUGUUAGACAUCUCUUUUAUACAGGGCUCGUUAGUUCUAUUCCUUGGUAACGACAAUCCUGAGAAGCAAGUGCUGCUACUAUGGUAACAACAUAGCAGAACACUAAAAAGCAAGAGAAAAUACUUUGAUCAUCAUUGUAUUUCAUAUACUUAGUGCUGUCAGAGGGUCUAAAUUUACAGUGUUCUCUAAAGAUCACCAGGUGACAGAUCAAGUACGUUACCUUUCUGUAUUUUAGUAUUUCUGGUUUUGUUUUACAUUUUGCUUUUUAAAUCAAAUACAUGUUCUGACGCUUGAAACCUGCUUGUAGUUUGUUGGUAACACAUCGGUCCCACAAUAAAUUCUUAAAUUGCUAAUGAGUUUUUUUCCUGUUUCGCGAUAAAUCACUGUGACAGAACGGAUGUAUUUACCGGCCUGGUUACAAAUUGAAAUGGAAAUGGACUUGUCAAGAAGGAUGAUAGCUAGUUUGGUUUUAAUCAUGUGCAAGACAAACAGAAAAAAAAAGAGCUAUCAGGAUGAUGUUAAUGUAUUGGGAUCGAAUAGCUGCAGAAUUGCCAGAGAUUGACAAAACAUUUCAGCCAAAAUAUUGUACUUUGGGAGUUGGGUUUUAGCAAUUUCAUGUUUAUCAGUAUCACAACAAUGUAAUCGUUCAUUUAUUGUUUUGAGAAAUUGAUACAGGCUCAUCAUCUAUGGAGAAUUGAACUUCAUCUUAUUCAGAUAUAUUUUUCAUGUUCUGAUUGUUUGCUUUUGGCAUGCUUAAAUUCUCAAAAUAUGGCUACAUGUCAACUUUAAUUUUAGGCUUUACUCCAGGCAACACUGCUUGUAUGCAUUUUAUAGCUUUAGGCCCCAAUUAUAAGCUGUGAUCUUUCAUGUUCUAGUUGAUAUAUUUUGCAAGCAAACAUUUUUGCAGUAUUUCCCAUCCUAAAGUUACCUUCAUCUGCCUUAUCUCUCUCAUUCUAAAAUACUAUCUUGUUGUUGGUUUCAGGACAGGUUUAUUUCCUAAAGUGAGAAUUGUCAGAAAGUGACUUUAAAAUGUAAUGCCAAAAUAGUGGAACUUUUUCCUCUUCAGCUUCUUUGGCCUUACAUUUGAAAUGCACUGUCAUGGUUGUUUAUUACAGUGAGAAUUUGCAGGAAUUCAAAGUGAAUUUAAAGGGACACUAUAGUCACCCAGACCACUUCAGCUCAAUGAAGUGGUGUUGGUGCCAGGUCUCUCAGGUUUUAACCCUUCAGAUGCAAACAUAGCAGUUUCAGAGAAACUGCUAUGUUUACAUUUGGUGUUAAUCCAGCCUCUAAGUGGCUGUCUUCCGGACAGCCACUAGAGGCGCAUCUGUGACACUGGAGGCACAUUUUGCCUCCAAUGCGCAGAACGUCCAUAGGAAAGCAUUGAGAAAUGCUUUCCUAUGGACACUUUGAAUUUGGCUCCGCUGACGUCGGACGGGGAGGAGAGGGGAGCCCGGCGUUGCAUUAAGGUAAGCUGCUGAAGGGGUUUUAACCCCGUCAGCGCCACGGGAGGGGGACCCUGAGGGUGGAAGCACACUCAGGGCACUAUAGUGUCAGGAAAACUGCUUUGUUUUCCUGACUAUAGUGAUCCUUUAAAGUUUAAGGCAAAUAAAGCCAAUCAGAAAUAAACAUUGACUUGGAGAAUGUUUCUAAUUUGGUUCUACUGGCCUAAAUUGUGAAAUUCACUUUAAAUUGACCACGAUUCUCAUGCUAGUACAUUCCCACCAAUUCUCACUUUGGUAAAGAACCCUGAUAGGUAGGUGAUAUACACGUCAAUCAGGAAACACGCAAAAGGUUUCUGAAAGUAGUAGUUAAGGAAAAUGCUUUCUUGAGUAGUAAUGCUGAUACCCGAACCACAAGAUCUGAAAAUGCCAACUUUGAGUAGAACUGAGGUUUUGAAUAGAGAGCUUUUAAAUCUGUUAAUCAUCUUCUGAAGGGCAGAGAGAUUUUGGACACUUGCCAUCCCUAUAACUAAGGGUUAAAGUGUCACAGUCUGGUGACUUUGCUGAAUUCGCCACUAAGGGGCAGGCAGAAACAAGCUUUACUUACCUGAACCUGUCCCGCGCGGGCAUUUUUGUACCGGUGGGUCAGCACCAGCAGUCACUGCCACUGCUGUACUCACGCAUCUGCAACACUCCAGAAUUUUACAUAGGUUGAGCUAAUUCCUGCAGCUGUCGGUGAUAGCUGUCAGGAUUAACACUGUAGUUCCGCCCAGAGUCUAAGAAAGUCAGGCGGAGGAAAUAUACAGAGUCAAAGUAGUCCUAACUUUAACGUUGUAAAUUUCAGUGAAAUUUCAACACCGGCAAAAUGAGUAUUGCAUAAAGAUUCUAUCUUUAUAGAAUGCCAAUAUUUUGGAUAGAGGGUGUGACAGAGCUUCUUUAAUCAGGUACAGACACUUUGUUGAGAAAUAUUGUAAGACCACAAUCACACUUCAUUAUUACAAAACACUUGAUGUGCACAAUGUGAUGUGAUUAGCUUUAUUUCCAUGUUUUGGCUGUGCCACUAUAUUCAGGCAUAGCAUGUGCAUUAAGAGGAUACUCUAAACACACAAGAGUUCACACAAGGUUAAUGGAAACAAUAUAAAGCAUACAAAUGUUAUUGGUUGCUUCUUUUUCUUUAAAUCAUUUGAACUAUUCCUUUUUUCCUUUUUGGAGGUUUUAUUCCUCCUUUUGUAAGGCUUGCUCUAAGCACCAUAGCUUCUACAGUUCUAAUAAACUCCUGUUUCUAGCUUGUUUGAAUGUCAGCUGAUGCUCUUAACCUAUCACUGGUUUACUUUAAAAGUUAAAGCAUGUACUGUUACCAGGGGCAGCCAGUGAUAGAUAUGACACUUGUUCCCAUAAUAGUGUCAUUGAGAUUAAUUUGUUCUGGGAGUGUUCUUUAACUGACAGCUAAGGCAAAUGAUUACUGUGAUUGGCACCCAGGUUGAUCAGACAACCUGAAAUCCAAUCCUUCACUAUUACUGGACAGGGACAGCCAGCAAUAACCAAUUGACAGCUAAUCCCAGCAUGUACUGCUUCCCAACUUGUGCAGCUGUUUAGUAAUGUAAAGUAUAUCACAUGAUCACGGUGAAGCCCUCCAGCUGCUUUACAGUGAUAGUCGUAGUGUGAUCACUUACCGCGGGGGUCAAUAUUUCUUUGAAUCCUCUCUGAAUCCAUCAAAAUAAUGUGCAAAUUAAAAAUAAACUGUCAGUGCCCUAUUGAGGUGUCUAUUUGAUGCUUUCAGUUGAUUAGCUCUACACUGGCUAACUCUCUAAAUGUACAGCUCUUAUUAUUAUUGACAUUCAUAUAGCGCCAACAAAUUCCGUAGCGCUUUACAAUAUUAUAGUGUAACCGAGUAAACUUGAAGAAGCCAGACACAGAGAGAUGAAUGCAGGUUUUCAGGAAGUAAGAGGUCUUUAUUAACGUGUUCUCUAUGUUCUCUUAGGGCUAGGGAUUCAUAUCUAUAGACAGCUUCUGUUUUCAACCACUCCAUCUCUUGGGUUGUAUAUAUCGGAGUCCAUUGAGACAGAGGUGCCAGCACAAGGGCAGCAACAUACCCCACAUAUUCCUCUUGCCCUGAUUCAGUGGCAUGUUUUGCUGCACUAUCGGCCAUGCGAUUUCCUUUUACUACAUCACUAUUAUCUUUCAGAUGUGCCCUGCAAUGUAUAAUACAGGCUUCCUUCGGUUCCCAUACCGCUUCUAAUAGUUGGAGUAUUUCUGCUGCAUACUUGAUUUCUUUCCCUUCUGAAUUCAACAGUCCCCUUUCUUGAUACAAUGCUCCAUGGGCAUCGGUGGUUAGAAAAGCGUAUUUCGAAUCUGUGUAAAUAUUCACUCUCAACCCUUCAGCGAAUUGCAACGCCCUUGUUAAUGCAAUCAGUUCCGCCUUCUGUGCUGAUGUCCCUUUCGACAGUGGCCGUGCUUCUAUCACCUUGUCUAUGGUUGUUACCGCAUACCCUGCAUAAUGUAUACCUUCUUUCACAUAACUACUACCAUCCGUAUAAUACUGUAUGUCUGGAUUCUGGAUGGGGAAAUUAUGUAGAUCAGGCCUGCUUGAAAACACUUCAUCCAUUAUCUCCAAACAAUCAUGUUGACUUUCAGUAAUCUGGGGCAGAAGGGUAGCUGGAUUCAAAUUAUUGACAGUUUUGAGGUGUACUCUUGUAUUUUCACAUAACAUAGCUUGAUAUUUAGUCAUUCGACUGUUUCUAAACCAAUGAUUUCCUUUGUAAUCCAAUAGGGUCUGUACUGCAUGGGGUACUCGCAUGUAGAGUUCCUGACCGAAUGUGAGCUUGUCAUCCUCUGCUGCCAACAGGGCAGCGGCGGCCACUGCUCGCAGACAAGGUGGAAAACCACUGGCCACUGCAUCCAACUGUUUGGACAUAUAAGCUACAGGUCUUUGCCAUAAUUCCAAAUACUAAGUUAAUACUCCCACAGCCAUUCUUCUUUGCUCAUGUACGUACAGAUAGAAAGGACACGUGAUCUGGUAGCCUAGGGCUGGGGCACUCAUAAGUGCUUUCUUAACAUCCUCAAAUGCCUUCUGUUGUUCAGAGGUCCACAAAAAGGGGUCAUAUUCUGUGCCUUUCACAGCUUCAUAUAGAGGUUUCGCCAGUAUUGCAUAAUUAGGAAUCCAUAUCCUACAGAAUCCUACUGCUCCUAAGAAUUCUCACACUUGUCUUGUAUUCUUAGGUAUAGAUAUCCGACACACUGCUUCUUUUCUUUCAGGUCACAUUGUUCUUUGACCUUCGGAAAUAUGGAAUCCUAAAUAUUUGACAGUUGACUGGCACAAUUGCGCUUUCUUCCUUGAUACCUUGUAUCCUGCUCUCCAUAGAAUGUGAAGCAAAUCAUAAGUUGCUUGUUGGCAAAUCUCUUUGGUAACAGCCGCUAUCAAAAGAUCAUCCACGUAUUGAAGCAGUAUACAUUCUCCUGAGAUGGACUUGAAAUCUUGCAAAUCCUGGCUUAAUGCAGAUCCAAAUAGGGUAGGUGAAUUCUUGAACUCUUGAGGUAGUCUGGUCCAGGUCAUCUGACGCUUUGAACCUGUAACAGCAUCUUCCCAUUGGAAAGCAAAGAUACACUGACUCUCAGCAGCAAUCCGAAGGCAAAAGAAAGCAUCCUUAAGGUCUAGAACUGUGAAGUAGGUUGCCCCACCUGGUAUCAAAGCAAGCAGAUUAUAAGUGUUGGGUACAACUGGGUGUAUAUUGACUACUGCAUCAUUAACUGCUCUCAAAUCUUGUACAGGACGAUAUUCAUCUGAUCCUGAUUUCUGAACAGGUAAUAAUGGAGUGUUCCAGGGGGAAGUACACAAUUUUAGUAUGCCAUACCUUACGAACUUAUCCAGAAUUUUAGGAUGCCAUACCUUACGAACUUAUCCAAGUAGGUCUGUAUGUUUUUCUUAGCCUUUUGAGCUAUAUGAUACUGACGUAGGCUCACAGGAUAGGCCCCAAGCUUUAGUGUAAUAUGUAUAGGUGGAAUAUUACGAGCAAGCCCAGGUGGAUUACUCUCUGCCCAUACUCCUGGAAUGUCAAAUUCCCCUUAAUUGGGGCAUGUCAGCACCAUUCACAUUCCAAUUUGGGUCAACAUUUGGAUAAUGGGCUGCAGCCCAUGCAGCCGGAUUGGCCUGAUUUUGAGUACGGGCCGUUUCCUCAAGCGCUUUAAUAGCCACUUGAUUAAUCUGGAUCCUUUCCUCACAAUUAAAUAAAGUUAAUAAUUGCUGGCAAUCGGCCCAAGUGGGAUUGUGUGUUUGUAUAAUAGAGGUAACCAAAUCUGUCAUGACUUGAGGUUUGUCGGUAUACGAAGAGUUAUGAGUCUUCCAAUUGAAUAGAUCAGUUGUGGUGAAGGGGACAUAGACAAACACUGGAUCUGCCUGUUGUAUUUGGCCAUUUUUGUCAACGUGUGUUGGGCCCGGUGUAAGUCGGAGGGGCACUUGGUAAUGUCGGGGUUGAAGGGUACCAGUCAUCUGUCGGGUUAAUAUAGGACUUCGGCAGGGCUGUUUUAUAGUAAGUUCCAGUCUACAGGUAGUAAGGUAAGGAGAAUGAGGCGGGUUAAUUUUACUGGGCGGACGUUCAGUCAACAGGAUGUUGCGGGCCGGGCUGGGAGGAGCCUGACCAGGAACCAGAAGUGACGUUAAUUCCGGAUAUAUAGAACUAGUGGAGGUAGGUACUGGAAAGGGAGGACUCAGGGCAAGUGGGCUGGGCUCUAAACUAGAUGAAUGAGUGGACAGGGACAAUGGGGAAGGGGGAGUGGCUACACCAGCAGCACCUCCUCUAAUCUUGGAGGAGGAGUAAGGGGGUGGGGAGGGAAGUUAAGACUCAGAGGGAGAGUCUAAAAUGGGCGGGGUUUUGGCCCUGAUGGACAAGCGAGUCCUGGCCACCAUGAGGCGACAUUGCUCCUCGUGGCAUACCUUAAUCCAUUUAGGCAAUUCUUCCACAAUCUGUUUCCAACAAUCAAUAUACGGAAACUGAUCAUAGAAUUCAGGCCUACUAGAUACAGCCGCGUGCACACGUUAUACUAGAGUUAGAUCAAGACUACCACGUGGAGGCCAUGCGGUCACCAAGAUAGGCCACUCUCUACUACAUAAUGUAGUCAAACGCUUUGGGGAUAAUUUAACCCCAAAAUCACAAACUUUAUAUCCCUUUGCAAAGUUGUUCAAUAUACACGACAAGGAAUCAACAAUCUUUGAGUCAGACGCACCCAUACUGGCAACGGAGUGUCUAAUACAAAGAAACACAAUACCCCAAAACACACUUCCAACGAUCACACUUGUUUCCCUGGCAACAGCACCACUUGGCACAGUUGCUAGGCCAAACACACACACACACACGAAAACAGGCAGAGAAUUCUCGUACAUACAGUGAUAUCACGACGUCUCACUCACAAAGAUUUACUAAACACUAGAUACUUAUCUCUGGAACUAUAAAUCAAACCCUACAAUUAUCCACAUUAUAAAUCAACUUUUAACUAACCGACUAUAUCACAUUAUAGUAACCUCAUCUUUACAAUGAGUGGUUAUAAUACAGUUUUAAAGUCACAGAUCAGUUAGUAACAGUUAUGGUGUUACACAUAUAACAUAGGACAACAGUUUUUAGUAAUUUUUACACAACAUCAGUAGUUAUAGUACAUGUUAAUGGUUAUAAUACCGUGCGCUAUUAUACAGUAUACACAUAAUUUACACUCCCACUAAUUGGCCAGCACCUCGAACUAUCAAACUAUUUACACCAGGAUUCGGUCAGUCUACGUUGCCCAAGCCACAUAUAGCGAACUAGUGGGUGGAAUUUACAACAAUACCCAUUUAGUCUAUCUACUCUAUCAAUAGUCUAGUGGCUGAAUUUACAACAGGGCACACUUAGCCAAGAUAGGUUGAGAACUAGCAGACGGAAUGUACACCAGAAUCUGCUUAGUCUCGCCAGCCUCCCCGACCUAGCGACCGAAAUUUACACCUAGACACGCUAGUCAAGACAGGACCCGGUAGUCUGGCAUAAACUAUUUACACCAAGAUUGAGCCUGACCCAAAGCACCUAUAUUAGACGGGCUGACUACAGAGUGUCUAAUUUCCAGAUAAGCGGUGCGCCUUCGCUUCUUCCCUCCAGAGGGAGGUGGCAAUCCAAUAACCGGUUCCAAAUAUAAAACCCCCUGUGGACCUACCGCUCUAACUUUUUCAGUCUUACCUCUUAGUUCCUGGACCUGGGUUCACACUUAUCGAUGGGACACCCCGGUACUUACUACGUAAAGACCGAUGAUGAUCUGGGCGAAGGAGCCCAGUGGCGCCGAGAUGAAGGGAUGUCCACACAGAAGUUCAGGGGUGCCGCCGUAGAGAGCGUUGGUAAAAAGUUUACCAUCUCAAAUCUCUGCGCCAGCUUCCGUGCGAUGAGGUUCCCGGACCCAAUGCACCAAAGAUAUAACCGAGUAAACUUUCAGAAGCCAGACACAGAGAGAUGGAUGCAGGUUUUCAGGAAGUAAGAGGUCUUUAUUAACAUACCGAUCGGGUCUCAGAUGUUCCAAAACAGGUCUGAGGGCCGAACACAUGGAGUACAUGCUUUUUAUAGAACUAUAACUCCUCUCAUUAAUCGCUCCACCCGCACAUACCUCUAACCAAUCGGUGGACAGAAUUUGGAUUUCCUUAUAUGGACAGACCACAUGGCUCAUCCGAAACAAAGGAGAAAGGAACGUGCUUUCAAUUCCUGCACAUGCUCAGUACAUUGAUGACAGUAUCUUAGCUACAUGUAACUAACUAACUGAUACAACAUACACAUAUGCCACGUGGAAAUCUCGGCCUACUAAAUUUACAUUUCACCGAAAUUCCAUCACAAUAGGAGGGGGAGAUUUAACAAUAAAUGAGACAUUUAUAAAAACUUACAGGAACAAUAGGUCAAAGAGGACCCUGCUCAAACAAGCUUACAGUCUAGAAGAGGUGGGGUAUAAAACCCAAUAGGACAGGAGAUUGCAAUCAAACAGGGUGGGAGUGAGACAGAACUGGAGGAGAUAAGAGUGUUGCCCUUCAGGAGAGUGCAAGGGACAGGUAUGUGAGGUAGAGGCUAUUCUGGAAGGGCAUUCUGGAAGUGCAAGCACUGUUUUAAGGAUUGAAGUCUAUGGGAGAGUCUGAUGGUGGUAGGCAGGCUAUUCCAAAGGAAGGGAGCUGCCAGCAAGAAGUCCUGCAAGUGUGAGUUGGCCGUACUGGUGCGAUCGGCGGACAGUAGAAGGAAUUUAGCAGAACGGAGAGACCGAGAAGGGACAUAGAUCUACUUCUAACCUCUGUUCGUACUCCUGCCUCUGAUGCUCACCUUAAAAACUUCUCUAGGGCUGCACGGUUCCUAUGGAAUACCCUUGCCCUCUCUGUUAGACUCUCAUCCAUUCUCCACUCCUUCAAAAAAUCUUUGAUAUUUAUGGAUCCGUGAAGAGAUAUGGGGGCUAGAAUUGUUCAGUGCUUUAUAGGUAUGGAUUAGUACUUUGAAUUGACUCCUAUAUGAUAUAGGAAGCUAAUGUAAGGACUGUCAGAGGGGUGAGGUGUGGAGUGACUGGAGUGGAAAAUCAGUCUGAUGGCAGCAUUCAUUACAGAGUGUAGCAGAGCGGUACAGCUUCUGGGAAGAUCAGUUAGGAGAGGUUUACAAUAAUCCAUGCGAAAGAUUACUAGAGCAUGGACAAGCAUGCUUAGUAGCAAGUGCGGGCAAGGUGUAAUCAACAGGUUUUGAUGACAGACUGGAUGUGAGUCAAGUAUAAUGCCAAGACAGUGUGCUGAUGUGUGUACCAAUAAUUUGAAAGCAAAAGAAGGUCCGUAUUAGGAGGAGGGAAGACAAGGAGCUCAGUUUUAGAGAGACUGAGCUUCAGAAAGCAGUAGGACAUCCAGUCAGAGAUGGAAGAAAGGCAAUUGGUGACACAUUGUAGGACAGCAGAGGAGAGAUCAAGAGAGGGGAGAUAUAUCUUGGUGUUGAGUCUCAAAGGGACACUAUAUUCACCAUAACAACUACAGCUCAUUGCAUUUAUUCUGGUGUUUAUAGUAUGCCCCUACAGGCAUUUUAAUGCAAGCACUGUCUUUUCAGAGAAACAGUGUGCACUUCUUCUGACUUUCAGCAUCACCACAGUCUGCAUGAAGACGCUAAAUGCUCCCAAUAGAGAUGCAUUGAUUCAAUUUAUCUCUAUGAGGAAAUGUUGAUUGGCGCGACAUUGCAUAUUGCCAUGCAUGCACAAUAGCCUCCCAAUGUUUCCCUUUGUUGAUCUCAGCCAAGGAGGCAGGGCGGGGCCAGCCGCGGUAAGACUGGCGCAAAUCUGUAAAAAAUGUGAGUAAAGUCACCUCUUUAAGAGGGACAAGGUGGGGUAAAUUAAAUGGUGUUUUUUUUUUUUUUUUUAAACUAUAGUGUUAGGAAUCUACACUGUCUCCCUUGGUAAACUCAUCAGCUCCUUAGGCAUUCAGUAUCAUUUCAAUGCAGAUGACAUGCAAAUGUAUCUGUUCUCACCACCCUUCUUGACUCGUGUCAGACUGCUCUCUGCUAUUUCCAACUGGUUGGCUGCUUAUAUCCUUAAACUCAACCUGUCCAAAACAGAACUUCUGGUGUUCCCACCCUCAAGUGUUGCUUCUCCCUUGUCUGUGUCCCUCCAAGUCAAUGGUGCUGCCAUACCUCUAAGGCUCACUGCCUAUGUGUUCUCUUUGAUUCCGACCUCUCCUUCACCCCUCAUGUCAAACCAGUCGCCAAAUCCUACCGCUUUCAUUUUAAAAACAUUGUGCGCAUCCGACCCUAUUUAACACCUGAUACGGCAAAUGUGCUUGUCCAUGCUGCUGUCCUCUCUCGCCUUGACUACUGUAAUCCGCUUCUCAGUGGUCUUACGUGUUCCCAACUUGCCCCAUUACAUUCUCAAAUGAAUGCUGCAGUGAGGUUAAUCUUCCUGUCUGCCCGUACCUCCCACACCUCCCCCUUUGUCUGUCCCUCCGUUGGCUUUCCGCAAGAUACAGGGCUCAAUUUAAGAUCCUGACACAAAUCUCUACACAAUGCUGUUCCCUCCUACUUAUCCUCACAUACACAAAUAUGUCCCGUCUAGGCCCCCAAACUCUGCCGAAGAUCUACUUCUAACCUCUGUGCGUACUCCUGCCUCUGAUGCUCACCUUAAAGACUUCUCUAGGGCUGCACCAUUCCUAUGGAAUACCCUUGCCCUCUCUGUUAGACUCUCAUCCAAUUUCCACUCCUUCAAAAAAUCUUUGAAAACUUACAUCUUUAGGAAAGCAUAUCAAUUAGACUGUGAACAGCUUUCCCUCCCCGCACUCUGACUCCUCCCCUGAAACUGUCAUCAAAACAAAACACUAAGCUCUCAAUGAAUGCUAUCCUAGCAAUCUACUUUUCUACCCUACCCUUGCUUUUUGUGUCACUAUACCCCACUCCCUCUGGCAUGUAAGCUCAUUGAGCAGGGCCCUCAACCCCUCUGUUCCUGUGCGUCCAACUUGUCUGGUUACAAAUAUGUGUCUGUUAGGCCACCCAUUGUAUAGCACUAUGGAACUUGUUGGCGCUAUACAUAAUAAUACAUCUAUGCGCAUUACAGGAAUUUCCAAGAUCCUAUCACCUGCUCUGUAAUGGUCACAGGGUUUAAACUUUGUGAUUAAACAGCUGCUCGCUUUGUAGAAGUGAGACUCUCAAAAACAGAACUUCUCAAAUAGUCAUCCUACUCUCUUGGUAUUGGUCCUCCUCUGUUAAAAGCUUAGUAUUUUGGUGCUAUCUUUGAUUAUGAUCUCUCUUUUGCUCCUUGCAUCUAUUGAGUCUUUAGAUCCCGCUGUUUCUUUCUUAGAAACAUAGGUUGCUCCUCUCUUUUCUAGAUGUCUGAUGCAUCUAAAACGGAUGUACAAGCUGUAAUCGUCUGCCUUGAUUACUGCAACCUGCUCCUCUUUGGUUGCAUUCAUGCCAAGAUUACCCCAUUAUGAUCUAUAAUGAAUACUGCCACUAGACAAAUACCUAACAUCCAACUCUUCGAAUGUUAUUUUUUUUUUUCUGUCAGUUUAAAAUCAUAUUCCUUAACUUUCCAUAACAAUACCCCAAUCUACAUAACCUCACUCAUAAAUAUGUUCCAUCUAUACCUCUCUAUUCUGCUGGCAAAUUACACAAUUUCUCUGCAUUCACUAAAAUCUUCCCCAGCCAAUAAUCCUUCUCGCUGUUUUUCACAUAGCUUGUGAAAACGAUAAAAAUCUGCAUCUCUUUGGGAAUGUGUAUUAGCUAAUCAAUUAUUUAUUUCCAAUGCCGUAACCAACCUUUUCUCAUAGUACUUCCAGCAUUUCCUUAAUUUCUACUCCGUUUAUAAACUCUUGUUGUAGGUUAUGUUGUCAAUAUCCAUGCAAUUCAAAUUGACUUCACUUAGAAUGUAUUUUGCAUAUACAGGUCAGGUAUAUAUAUAUAUAUAUAUAUAUAUUACAUUCUUUAUUUUUAAGUGCAGGAUUAAAUGUAGGUUUCAUUGAUGAUACAUGGCAUAAGAGAAAAUAACAAGUUCUAGAUAUAGUUAAUCAUGUUAUGUUGCACUUUGUUUUGUAAACAAGAAAAAUAUUAAGAGAUGUGUAUGUCUAUAUGUAUGUGUGUAUGCCUCUGUCAGUGUGUGUCAGCGUUUGUGUUUGCCUGUCAGUGUGUGUCAGCGUUUGUGUUUGCCUGUCAGUGUGUGUCAGCGUUUGUGCUUGCCUGUCAGUGUGUGUCAGCGUUUGUUUUUGCCAGUCAGUGUGUGUCUGUCUGAUUAGUUAUCUGUCACACUCCGAUCACAUGAGGUGUUUUUACUCAUCUUUUUUCCAAGCCGUACUGGUUUCGCCACAGCUUGUCCCGCCUCCAUAGCUGAGACCAUCAAUCUUUAUGAUCUCGGCUAAGCCAAUGCUUUCCCAUAGGAAAGCAUUGGGAAGAAAUUGCGCUUGUUCCCUAUAGAUAACCUUGAGUGCCUCCAUGCAGAGCAUGGAGACACUGCACAGUACACAGGACUCUCUAGUGGCCGUCUGAGUGACUGUCACAAGAAGUCUUACUAGGCAGAAAUGUAAACACUGCAUUUUCUCUCAAAAUGCAGUGUUUACUCUGGGCUGCACAGGCUACAGGCACCAGAACAACUACUUUAAUCUGUAGUGCAGGGCUUGACAAAUUUGCUUGAAAUCUAGGAGCCAGCUAAAACAGUUAGGAGACAGAUUUUUCAUACAAUUCUUAAAGGGGCACUAUAGUCACCAGAACCACUACAGCUUAAUGUGGUUGUUCGGACGUCUAUAUACUGUCCCUGCACGCUUUUCAAUGUAGACACUAACUUUUAAGACUAAAGGUAUGGUUUACAUUGCUGUCUGGUAACACCUCUAGUGACAGUCACUCAGACAUCCUCUAAAAGUGCUUCCCAGGUCAGUGCAGCACCUACAUUAAUGCUCCCCAUAGGGGUGCAUUGAUUCAAUGCAUCUCUAUGAGGAGAAUUUGAUUGCGCAGCAUAGCGUUCUGCAGCGUAUGCGCAAUAGUCUCCCAAUGUUUUUCUGUGGGCAAGCAUUGGAUUGCCUGAGAUCAUCAAGAUUGAUAAUCUCAGCCAUGGAGGUGGGUGCAGCCGCAGGAUCACCAGCACGGCGUGGGAAAAAGGGUAAGUAAAAACACCUUUCCCAUGUGAUUGGAAGGGGCAGGUAACCUAAAUAUACACACUCACUGACAGACGCACACAUUCAUACACACACAUACAUACACACUCACUCACUGACAGACGCACACAUACAUACACACACUCACUCACUCACUGACAGACACACAUACACACACUCACUGGCACACACAUACUCACUCACAGACACACAUACACCCCCCACUCACUUACAGACACACAGUCAGACACACACACUCACUGAAAGACACACACACUCAUUCACUAACAUACACACACACAUUCACUCAACAACACAUACACACUCACUGACAGACACCCUUACUCACACACUGACAGACAUACACAUAACACACUGCAACUCACACUCAAAAAAACAUUACUUUUAUUAUUUUAAACCUACCCAGUUUCCCUGCCUUUAGGAAAGCUGGAGUGGAUUAGCUUUCCCUGGGAUCCUGUGGGGCUGCUGUCUUCUCUCUGCUUGGCUGUUGGUGUGCUGUUUAGUGAUGCGGGGCCGGAAUGAUGUCAUAUUCCGGCUCCUGGCAUCACUGGAGGGCGUGCAAGUGAGCAGAGAGAAGACAGCUCCCUUGCCGCCUCCCUCAAUCAGCUGGCCGCGGGCCCGCCUCCCUCAAUCAGCUGGCCGCUGGCCCGCCUCCUUCCCUCAGCUCUCAAUUAGUCGAAUAUCCGCCUGCCUCCAAUCUCAGGGGCUGAACAGGCUCACAAAUCCCUGGCGCCUGGUAUUUGUCAAGCCCUGCUGUAGUGGUUCUGGUGACAAUAGUGUACCUUUAAGAAUUGCAUAUUUCUCGUUGUGAAUUAAAUUAAACUCCUAACUUUUUACCUGCCUCCUAGAUUCCCAACAAAUUUGUCAAGCUCUGCUUUAGAAUAUAACCAUUUUGAAGCAGGACCUUCACUGCCUCUUGUCUAAGACAAACGGUGUGCAUUUGUGCUUGAAUUUGUCUUUAAACUGACUUAUAUAAAGAUAAUUUCAGGUAACAGACUCUUUUUUAAAUCUGCUUUUUUUUUUUUUUUUAUAUCUUAUUUCUUUCUAACACUUUAACAGACAAAAGAAAGAAUGAUCGUUUUAUUGCCAAGUGCCCUCAACUUGUUAUAUGAUUUUUAUGGUACUUGUGUGGCAUGUAUUUUAACUGUAUGUUCCAGCUAUAUUUAAUUGCUGACAGGUUGAGAAAUAGCAGGUUGCCAUCUACCAGUUGCAAGCCAAGUAUUCACUCUCAAGCUGUACUGACUCAUUUCACCUCAGUUGUGCCUGUCUAUAAUGUUAUACUGAGUAAACAUCAGAAACCAAAAGUCUUAACACUUCAAUAUACAAAAAUAUGUUUUGCGGCCAUAAAGUGUUAAUAAGUAAUGAAUAAUAAAAUUGGACUAAUCACUGUUUUCAUUUCUUUAUGACUACUUUAAUAGGUUCUCUAGAACUCAUACUUCAUCUUGGUUUUAUUGUUAUACAUAUAAUUUUAUUACAUUUCUGUCUCACCUUCAGACUUACCAAGUGACCCAAUUUCUUAGGAGCUAAGAUGGGCAGGAUGCAGUUGUUUUAGUCUCUGAUAGUAAAUUUUUCUGUUGUAUUUCUGCAGUUGUACUUUGUUCUGCUUUUGGGCAGGUAGCUGUGGAAUAAAAAUUUGUUCCCCUCUCCUGUUCUCACUUUCUGAAAGUUUUAUAGCUAGCACCAAUGAAGCCCUGUGUCGUCUUAUCCUGUGAAGUUUGGGGCUCCUCCAUUGACAAUGUAAUGGUUUUAAUAUGUUCUGUUGUGGGUUCAGUCCGUUAACCCUUUAUUCAGCUCGUCCUAGUAUUUUUUCCCAUGAUCCUUUCACUAAUCUUGGUGGAAUGCAUGCUGAGUGUAUCUGUGAUCCUCCGAUAAUCCGGAAAGACUGACCUAGGAGACAGCCAUGUGGAGGAGGCAAGCCUUAUACGUAGAAUUCACGCACAGACUGCAUUGUGUUCUACAGCCAUUUUCUGACGCUUCUGAGCAAUGGCCCAGGAGGAAGAAGAUUAAGAAUAGGACACUUUAUCUAGAGUAAACGUCAUUAUUAAUAAAUAAAUAUGAAUACCGCACUCUAUUUAGUGAUAAAUACAUAUAACACUUGUUGUUAUUGCUGAAAUAAAUUCAUAAUGUUUAUUCUAGAUAAAUUUAUGUAAAGUAUAAUAGUAGUGAUGUUCAUUUCAUACAGAAUCCUCCCGUGUGUGGGGUAAAGUUCAUCUAAUGUAUAUACACUUGGUAAUGAUCCUUAUAAUCGAGAAAAAAUGGAAAAAUAUAGAAAAAAUUGAAAAAAUACCAAAUUCAGGGAAAAAAACAAAAAAGGAAAGAAAAAACAAAAGAAAAAAACGAAAAAAAACAAUAUAUAGGAGUCCUGGUAGUCCAAAAUGUAGUGCACUAUAUGUAGCUGUAUAUGGGUGGAUCUCACCAAUGUAGAAGUAUUUUUCCUGGUAUACACAGUCAGAGCAAAGUAGUAAUCAGAUGAUGAUAUGGACGAAGGUGAAGGUAAUUUCUGAUGUGGUCAAACAGGCAAUUACUCCAUCAGCUCCCAGUGGGUGUGUGAUAAGAACAGCAGAUCAUGCUCAGGCAGUCUUUGUACGGAUGGGCUGCGCGCUCGGGACAUCCAUGUCCCUUCGACGGCCCCUGUAUUCUGCGUAAUUGAGUGCCAGCACACAUUGUAUAUUUUUGUAAACGUCAUUAUUGCCUACUUGGCCAUAAAAACACUGCCCAUAAGGGAAGUUGCAAACCAUAUGCAGACCACAGUCAAAACAACAACAGCUCAGAGCAAAGGCACUAAUUUUAGAGCAUCUGUAGUGAAAGCACAGAAUAUGUUAUUCCAAAACCUUAAAGUUUUUCUAUCUGGUCAAUCAUCAGAAGAUCCCUUUUAUUAGGAACAUCUGACUCUCUAUUAUUUCUGUUUAAAAUGGCAGAUUAAAGCCUCAAGCUAGUGGCUAGGUAUAUGGGUUUAUCAUCUGUUGAAAUAAUCGCUAAUUGGCUAAAAAUAUGGUCAGUAGAUACAGUUUAAAAGAAUGCCCUAUGUGAAUUCGGGAAUCUAUUCGGGUCACUUGUGAAAGAACCCAUAAAACAAAUGUUGAAGACUUAAUAAGCAUUACCAGAGGACAAGUGACCAUCCACAUGGAAUAGAGGUCCUUUUUACUAGAUCUCAAAUAUCUUACAGAGGAGAUAGAUUUUGAAAAACCAAGCCAAUAAAUAUACUCCUAUCAAAAUGGAAAAUAAAAGAUUGUCUUUCCCAAUUGUACAGUGAUGCGGAACAUGCUGGUGCUUUAUAAAUGCCAGUAAUAAUAUUAAUUGUGCUUAGUAGGAACAUGUUGUGUAUAGCUUGAACAAAAGUAGCAUUCUACUUUACACAGCAUCAAAGAAUAUUAAUGGAUGUAUUUGUUUUACUUCCAAUAAUAAUUUGAAUCCUAGAUCUUUAUCUUGGCACACCUUGUGAUAUUUGAAGUCUUUACAGCAUUUUUCUGAAGUUGGAUUCCAAGAUAGAGAUGCUGCAUAUCUUAUGCAUUGUUUUUGCUAUUAGUAUACUUUCUGUGGUCAUAAAAACACUUUUUUUUUAUUUAUCCUACAUCAAAACUAGGAUAGAUAUACAAGGCCAUUAGGAUCUACAGUGUAGUGUUACCUGAUAAAUUAAUCAAAGUUCUAAAUUUACCAAUCAAAGUUAAGCCAAGCACACAUUAUUAUGUAUUCAUUAUACAUAUAAGCUAUUAACCAUUGCAUGUGCUUGCACCAUUAGGUUAUGAGAGACGAAGAAGUAGUCCUCUUUUGGAAAUUAAUGAAUCAUGUAAAUAGCCUGGUUGGCAUUAGUAAUUAUGUAAAUAGCAUGGGUGGCAUUAGUAAUUUAUGUAUAAUAGCAUGGGUGGCCAAAAGGUAGUCCCCAGCUGUUAAAGAACUCAACAAUCUUGAUGCUUUGCCAGUUUAAGGAUGGAAAAUUAUCUUGGGAGAUGGGGGUUGUACAACAGCUGGGGAUCUAUCUACCUUUUGACUGCUCCUCAUAAACAUGUGUAAAUUAGGAUUAAUUGAUAGAGCACCUGCUACAAAUUUUGAAUUGUGAUGUUUGGUACAUUAGAACAUUCACUGUACAGUUCAAAUAGCAGGUGUCUAUUUUUAUAGCAAUAAACAAAACCAGAACAUCUGUGAUUUUUCUUUUUCUAAAUUCAGUUUUUUUUAAUACAAAUUUUUACUUUUAGCUAACUUUUUAUUUGUUUUGCUGCAGAGUAUCCUAUUGAGAAAAUUCCAGGCUGGCAGUAACUUUUGAUUGUGCCAUAUCUUUAUUAUGUAGACGCUCCUAGAAUUCCAAUGUAUAUUUUACUGUUAUUUUGAUCUCCAGCCAAAAGCACCACAGAAUAAAGGAAAGCCGGAAAACAAAGUGAUCCAUCCAUACAGUAGGAAAGCUGCACAGCUUGCACGGGAAGGCCAUAAACAGGACAGAAAGGAAAAGUAAGAUAUAUUUAGCAGACAUACACCUUAACUCCCUGAUAUUAUUUUCUUGUUUUGCAAUAAAAGUCUAUCUGAAACUGGCUUAUUCAUGUUUUAAAAUAUCUUUUGUAGAGCAAAUGGUAAUACCUUUUUGUAAACAAAUAUCAACCUCUGUGUGUUCAGAUUUAAUAGCUGGUUCCUCUGCCUUAAAGUGAUGCUAUAACUAUUGCAGAAUAUGUAUUGAGAACAAAUUAGUUAAAUCUCAUCUAUAUGUAUAACCAGUGUUAUAUGUUAUUGAACAGCCGUAAACAUGGAAAGUUGAAGCGUCAUAUUUUUUUUUUUUUCACUAUACAAAGAAAAAAAAAUAUGAUUUUAGAAAGUUAGCAUUAAAAACAAAAACAAAUUGAACACGACAUAACAAUAAUCUUUAAAAGUAUUUUCACAAACUAUAUAUCUGAACUCAUUUGGAUAAUUGUACGUUGAUAUACAUAUGUUGUGUUUAAUAUACUUUUAAUUACAAUGUUUAAUAUUCGUUUAAAAAUGUUUGUGUUACCUUGUAUGUAUUAUAUAUUUUCUCUCUCCAUGUGCAUAUAUAAUUUGAAAAAUCUAAAAUUAUAUAUUGCAAAAUAUUAGCUUAUUUUUAUAUAUCCUAAAUAAAAACAUUUUUAUUUCAAGGAAUAUAUGCCAAUUAAGUUAGUUAUUGUAACCACCUUGAACAUUUUAAUUGAGAUUUAUUUAUUUAGUGAUUUGUCUUUACAAAGGUUAAAAAAUGAAAAAGCUUUAAGACUAAACAUCAUUGGUAAGUACAAUGUUUUUCCUUUUAUAUGUAUAUUGUAAGUAUAGUGUGUGUGUAUAUAUAUAUAUAUAUAUAUAUAUAUAUAUAUAUAUAUAUAUAAUUUUUGUUUUUAAAUAUAUAUUAUAACAUACAGAAUCCAUCAAAACGAACUUUAAAUCUCACAAACUGUGAUAGAUUUUUAAAAACACAAAAAAUUUGCAGAUUUAGUUGCAGUAUAUGAUCAUACAUUGCACAACCUUUCUACAUGUCAAUGUACCCCGUUUUGGGGGAGGUGUAUAUAUCCUGAAAUGUUGUUUGUGUGUGUGCUGGCUCUAUGAAAUGUCUGCGGUAAUGUGUGUGUAUGUUAGCUGUAUGUAGAGUGGGCGAGUGCUGGCUGCAUGUGAUGUGUCUUUUCUGUACGUGAUAUGUGUGUGUGUGUGUGUGUGUGUGUGUCUGGUGGUGCUCGGUUUAACAUGAUCCCCACUGAACCACCAGGGAUCCUGAAAAAUCCACCAUCAUAUCGUAGACCUGGUGAUACAUAUAUUUUAGAAAUUUUCAUAUAUACAGAAUUUAGGGACCUUGCUGGUAAACCUAUAAAUAGAAAAGUGAAAUAUUCUCUGAUAAACAGAAAACACACAUUCUCAGUUGCACUCACGGAUAAAGAUGAUAAAAGUGCCUUAUAGGUGCCACCCUUGAUUAUAAAAAAGGGGCUAGAGUUCCCCCUUUCGACUUUUCUCUGGACCGAUCUUUUAAAUCACCAAAAACUAUUUACCAGAGUUUUCUUCAGAAAAAGGAUAUUUAUUAUACAAAUUAAAAAUGGUUACAGAAUAGUGUUUAAAUAUGGUCGUCCUACGUGUUUUGUUCUCACAUGAGAAUUUCCUCAGGGGCCCAUAUAAAUAAAACCAGUAACAAUCUGAUACAAAAAUUCACAGCCUAAAUACCUCUCCCCACAGUUCUCUCUAUAUAGAGCUAAUUCCUAAAACAUCAUUGGUGGUGGAGUGGUGGGUGGUCCCUUAUGACCUCUGGAUUUGUUGGUGUGUUGCUUGUAACAGCCGUCUUCACUUGUUGUUGAUUUCUCUUGCCUCCGCUAAUUUCUAAAGUCCGUCGGAACAGUUAUGACGCACUUCCGUGCGUUUCACGUCUGGAUGUCCGUCAACAUGGCUGUGCGUUCCAGACUCGUUACAAAACAGUCUGUAUCUAUACGCGAGCUCCAGCUGGUGUUGCUCCUAAAUGGCAGAGAAUUGAGCGGUGAGAUUGCGGGGGCAUAAUCUAUAAACCAAAACUGCUUCAUUAAGCUAAAGUUGUUGUGGUGACUAUAGUGUCCCUUUAAAGUUUAGUGACUCUUUAAAUUUUUUUUUUUUUUUCUACUUUUGGUUUUAGUAACUGCACAUUUUUUUCCUCUAUUUUAUUUCAUCAAAGGUGAAAAACUUCAGUGGUUUCAAAGUCACCUAGAUCCAGACAAAAAUGAGUAUACAAAGAAGGAAGCAUGUGAACUGAUUGAAAGGUACAGACUGUCAACAACUACGUUACACACAGUCCUAUUUCCUUGUGUUUAAUACUCUUGAUUCAUCAAUUCAGAUAUAAAAAUGCAUCUUUUUUUUUUGUUUGGUUUUAAAAGAUUCCUAGGUUAUUUUGAUGUUUAGUCUGGUCCUUUUAAGACUUAAAGGAUCAUUAUAGGGUCAGGAACACAAACAUGUAUUCCUGACCUUAUAGUGUUAAAAUCACCAUCUAGCCCCCCUGGGCCCCACAUGCCUCCAUAAAUAUAGCAAAAUCUUACUGUAUUCAAGCCUGAAGCUGUAGAUCUAAUACAAAAAGAAAAGUCCUGCGCUCACUCUCAUCACUCCUGGGCGGCAGCAACGACCACAGUACUCAAUAUAUACAGUAAAAACCAAAGAAAAAGUUACCUACACUCUCUCCUAAACCCCUAUGUAUAUUUAAAUAAAUGGAGGUCAUUUAGUUACUCCAAUGGCAGAUGGGCAUUACUUCCAAUGGCCACUGGAGUAACUAAAUGACCUCCAUUUGUGGGUUUAACACUAUAGGGUCAGGAAUACAUGUUUGUGUUCCUGACUCUAAAGUGAUUCUUUAAUUUGUUUUGGUUCUUAAAGCACUCCUUUUACUUUUUUGCAAGUAAAACAUGAGAAUACAGUGUUUCCAGGCAUCUUAGGCCAGAAUACGUUGUACAAGUUACAUUAUGCAAACAAGUGUGAUACACUUGUGUACUUGUCCUGUACUUGUGCAUGUAUUACUAAUAAAAAAAAAUACAUUAGUGGUUGUUCCUAAAAGUGUUUUUUUUUUUUUUUUACCUUUCAAUUUUUAAGAACUAAAUCAUGGGUGUCCAACCUUUUGGCUUCCCUGGGCCGUAUUGAGCACAGAGGAAUUGUCUUUAAUUUUGAUAUUUCACUUGUUUAGUCGAUAACUCCAUUAUGUUGGAUUACCAUAUUUAGGUAUACCAAAUUAGGGAGCUAUCUACUAAACACACACAUAUACAUAUGCACAAAUAACCACAGAUCUGUGUGUAUGUGUACACACACAUACAAUUGCAGACCCAUACAAACAGUCACAUACAUACACACACAAUCAUAGACCUAUACACACAAUCACAUAUGUACACACACACACACUGACAAAUAUAACUAAAAAUCACAUUCACACACACAGUUAGUACUUAAGAUGUCCACCGAGCCUCCAUACCUUGCACUGGGAUGGCUGGAGUGGAUCAUCUGUCCCUGGUGGCUAGUGGUUACUGCUGAGCUGGGAUCACUGUGCUCUUCCUGCACAGCUCCUUUGCACGCCCAGUAGGGAUGAUGUCAUAUCCUGGCUGCCGGCUCACUGCAGGACGGGCCAGGUAAGUAAAUGGCUCCCUGCCUCCCUCACCCCUGACAGAAAUGAUAAUCCAUAAAAUGAACACGUUUUUCGAAUUUGUAAUAUUAGCUCAUUGGCAUCAUUCUUCAAUGUGAUAGAAUUAACACCAAAAUUCUGCAAAAUGCCUUAUUAGUCAAAUAAGUCUCCAUUACACUUGGAAGGAACAGUCACUACAGUAGCCAGUUUAUUGGGUGCAGUUACCUGAAGCCUGGUAAGCAUGAUGUGCCUGUUCUAACCAAUGGGUACCUAAUGAUGAUUUCAUGGUCUUUAUUUGAUACCCGUGGUCUUUCUUUAAUAGACAUUUCUUUUAUGACAUUUGUGUGCCCUUUUUUUCCCCAACGGUGGAUGCAUCUGCAGGACUUGGUUUGGUACACUUUCAAACAUAAAUUUAAUAAUUUCAUAAUAAAUUCUAAAGACCUUUCGAAGAAUAGGUGGCAGCACUGCAGUGCUUUCUGACUGAUGUCUUAGUGAUCUUUACUGACGUAUGUACUCUUAGUUUAUUAAUUUACUUUUUCCUUGCUGAUUUAUUUACUGCUCUAAUACAGAAAUGCCAAUACACAUACUACCACAUAUACAAGAACAUUUCAGUGCCAAUGUGCCGAUGAGUGUACUUAUAUCCUGCUGAGGCAGUUGUACAUUAUUGCAUUGCCUGACUUGAUAUGCUUUGUUUCGAUGUCAAGGAAAUUACAAUGGGUUUACCAUGAUAAUUUUCUCUACCUUGCAGUUAUAUGCAUCGUUUUGAUAGUGAGUUGGAGCAAAUUGAAUUACAAAACAGCAUCAAAGGCAGACAAGCUAGACAGCAUGUCUCUCGUGAGACCGUUAUCAAGCAGACGAUGGAGCGUGAAAGAGCACUUUACAAUGGAUAUGGAAUAGGUAUGAUAUCUCUGCUUUUCUGCUUACAGUUUUACUUUGCGUUAUUAAAUCAGUUUUUUUUCCCUCAUGUAGGUUUAAUAUGCUGCAAGAUUUGAACAUUUGUUUUGUAAAAUCAUUCUGAAAUAAAAUAUCUAUCUGUCUGACGAGUUAGUAAAUAGAAUGUACUUAAAGCAUCACCAUCAAUCGUAUAUAUAUCAUUGUACAGUGAUUCAGAAUUAGUUGGCACUAUAUAAAUAAUAUCAGAAAACAACAAUAGAAGUAUCUCUAACCGUAGAUCUAUAAAAACCCUAAUAAAACGUCUAACACCCUACACAGCCUGAUAUAUCAAAAAAACAAAAUAAUGGAUUACAUAUAAAAAAAUAAAACUAGGGAAAAAAUUAUAUACAAGAAGAAAGGACAGACACCAAAAAAAAGAACCCCCCUAAUGUUUCGGCUGUAAGCCUUUCUCAAGUUCAAUUACCAGAGCAAGAAUUAAGAACUUCUAAAGUACACACACUGUGCUGUAAGAUCUGUAAGCCAAAGUAGAUGUGUCUAAAGCUGCAUAAACAGAAAUAAAAGUGAUUUAACUAAUAAAAUACAUAUAAUUAAGCAGUGAUACUGCAGGGGCAUGAGUUACACAAUCAAAAGUGCUUUAUUAAGCUAAAGUUGUUUUGGUGCUCAGAGUUUAUUUAGGGAACAAAGAUCAGAUCUAAUUUGAAAAUGUAAGUUUAACAAUCUGAUGUUACCAUCUUGGGGGAAAAAAAACACAUACAAACAAGAAAUGCUGAGAUUUCUAAUAAGAUGAAAGGCACAGUGUUAUUUACUGCUUAAGCAUGAUAGACUGGGAUUUAUUUAGAUCUUUAGUAUGUCUUUCUGAAAAUAGAACUGCUGUUAGUGCACUUUUCAGUUGCAGAAUAAUGUAAAACUAUGUUUUCCUCUUACACUGUCAAAUCCAUAAAACAAAUGUAGUAAGAAUGAUUUAUAUUUAUUUCUUGGAUUUUCAUUUACACUUGAUUUCAAAGCUUUUAUCUGUUAGUAAGGCAUUACAUAUUGGUAAAGCUAUAAAGUAUACCUGUCAUGACAAGUGCAACUUAAUCUUAAAGGGUUACCCCAAGUAUCAUGUUUAUUUCAGCGUUCUGAAGUGGACAUUGUGCCUGGAGACUGUAUGUGCAGAACUUCUAUAUGAAAUGCUGCAAUUAUGGAGUUUAACCCCUCUGCUGCCCGAUGUAUAACUUGACCUACGACUGCAUCAUCGGGGUGUCAUCAACUCCAGGCUGGCUAAUGUUUAUUCAGCGCAUUUUAAUUAAUUGCACAGUGUGUUGGUCAUUGACGGAGAGUGGUCAGGUUAAGCUUCUGCAGAUCUGCAAAUCACAAUACCACCAGAGCUCGCCAAGGACCUAGACAAGGGAGCAAACUGUUGCCAAGUGGUUUGACUGUUACGGGUGAACCGGGCCAGGAUAUCAAAAUCACUGGAGAAUAUUUUAUAUAGUUUCUGCUAUACAUUGUGCUAGCAAAUGUCUAGAUUUCUGUAAAAAUCAGUAUUUAACCCCACCCCCCCCUUCAUGUCAGUCACUUUAGUCUGUGCCGAUCAGCACAGAUAUAAGAAGACUGGAUGUCUGUUAUCAUGGAAUCCCUCUUCAGGGCAUCUCGCCUGCAGCACCUUCAGCCUAAGGCAGGGGAAGGCAACCUUCGGCACCCCACAUGUGGUGAAUUGCUAACUCCACUCCUCACUACAGUUCAGCUUUACUCCUUGUGCCAUCAAACUCUCUCCUGGUGUCCAGUCCUUUAAGAAGUCAUUGAAAAUGCAGCUGCUUAGGAAAGUAAAUCAUCUUCCUGGGUGAUGCUUCAUCAGUUCCCUCGUCUCCAUAGCUCAGCUCACACUCUAUCCCUCUAUUGUUUUGCUUGUUCCACACAUUACUUUUACUCGCUUAUUUGACAAUGGCAUCAUGUCUAUCAAUCUGUACCGCCUCUGAUAUCUUGUUAUAUCUCAUGUUUUUUUUUACUGCUUCCACAUAAGUUGUUUGAGCAGAGCCUUCUUUACGUCUUGUCCCUGUUAUUUUAUGUAUGUAAAUUACUUGUCAAAUAUCCAUUCUGUAAUUGCCAAGUGCUGAGGAAUAUAUAUUGGUGCUAUAUAAAUGCUAAUAAUAAUAAUUUUUGUAACACAUUCCUCGUGACAGAGAGUUGAGCAGUGUGUAUGUAGUGAUAUGAUCUACACACCAAAACCAGUUCAUUAAUCUGGAGUUGUUUUGGGCUUUGGGUGUCCCUUUAAUCCUGCACAGUUUUGCCAAUUCUUGUUUUUAAAAUCUGCAAAGUUGGUGUGAUUACAGGGAUUACAGCUUCAUGUUUUCAGUGAUAAAAAAUAAAUUAUAACUAAAUUAAAAUUAAAUUAAAAGGCCGAAAACUAUGACAAAAAUGCAUUGCAAUUUUUGUCAACUAACUCAAAUGCAACGAAAAUGUUAGGGACAGACACUGCAAUGAACUUACAGGUUUGGACUUCCAGUUUCUCGCAUUCUACCAAAGUCCAAUUCCUCCCCUGACUUUAUCGGCAGCUGAAUCUGCACUGCUGCCACCUGGAACAACGCAGUGCACAAUUCAGUUCGCCUGUUACUCUCAUGUUUGUUGUUUAGCCCCCUCCAAUCUACUCUCUAACUGAACCCAUUUAAUUUUAGAGACAUGGGAUUGGUGGAGAAAUUCUUAGCCAGAGUAUUGCAAAUACUCUUUCAACGUAUUGCAUCCCUUUCAAAGCUGGAAGAGGGGAGUAUAUUUUUGUUUUUAACUUCCUGAGUACCAGGUUUAGGCAUGCCAUAUUACCAUGGCAGAUGUUGAACCUGAAUGAACUAAACAUGUAUCUUAAAGAUUACUUUAACACAUAGAAAUGUGAGUCUGUUCCAGCAUGGCAAGCAGUUAUUAACCAUAAUGUUCAAUACACGUGAAAGUUUUUAAGAUGCCCAGGAUAUCCUUAUAAUUGUAAAGUUCUCCACAACCUUUUGCCUAGUAGACAUAUGUAUUACCUGUGCAGAAUCAACAGCCACUUCUCCACUUCAUCUGAUACUGUAAUACACAUUAUCUUGUGAGCUAUCAAAAGCUAAGGGUAUUGGCAUCUUGAAGUAAUUAGCCAAUAUUAUUGACAGUUUUGAAGCAGACUUUUAAAGAAAACUCAACACUCUCUUUUGAGUUUUCAUUCUUUAAGUUGAAGUAACGAGAAAUUGUGAGGUUUUGAAUUUGAUUUCUGCAGCUGCAAGUCAAGUAGCUAUUGACUGGACAUAAUGCAUUACAUCCUGUUAAUAGAAGGUAAAUUUCUGGUUAGACAACAAUAAAAUAUCUGUUAAUUGCUAAGCAGUGAUUGUAACCUUGCAUUGUUUACUUAAUCAAUUUUGAGAACAACUUACAACCAUAUGUUCCCAUUUAUCUGUCUGUUAUUAGCCAAAUUGCUAUCUUUAUAGUGUAAGCAAAACUUGCAUGAUUUUUUUGCGCAGUUUUAUGUGCAAACUAGUGGGAAAGAAGAUGAAAAUACAAAUGUAUCCUGUAGGUGGCGGUAGCUCCGCCCAGUGUCUUGAAGUAUCAGGUGCAGGAAAAUCUGGAGACAAAGUAGUUUCAAUUUUGUCCCAGUGUAUCUUUUGACUGGGUUGGAAUUUCAGUGAAAAUCCAACACAGUCAAAAUGAGUAUUUCAAAAACAUUUCAUAGUUUUGAAAUACUGCUUUUGCAGUGUCACUUUAAAUCCCUGUUUGUUACAAAGAAUCCCAAGGGUCAUUUAUUAUCAUUAUUAUUGCCAUUUAUGCAACAGAUUCCAUAGCACUUUACAAUAUUAUGAGGGGGGAUUUAACUAUAAAUAGGACAAUUACAAAAAAACCUACAGGAACGAUAGGUUGAAGAGGACCCUGCUCAAACGAGCUUACAGUCUAUAGGAGGUAGGGUAUAAAACACAUUAGGACAGUAAAUAGCAAUCAAAUAAGGUGGGAGUGAAGCAGAGCUGGAGGAGAGAGUAAAGUGCUGCCCUUUAGGAGAGAGCAAGAGACAGGUAUGUAAGGUACUCUGGGAGACCAUAAGCUUUCCUAAAGAGGUGGGUUCUAAGGUACUUCUUCAACAGUUGAAGACUAGGGGAGAGUCUGAUGGCGGUAGGCAGGCUAUUCCAUAGUAAGGGAGCUGCCCACAAGAAGUCCUGCAAGCAUGAGUUGGCCAUAUGGGUCCAAGCAGAGAGACCAAGAAGGGUUUAUACCUAUGGAUCUGUGAAGAGAUAUGAGGCGCUUGAAUUGUUCAUUGCUUUAUAGGUAUGGGUUAACACUUUGAAUUGACUCCUAUAGGAUACAGGAAGCCAAGGUAAGGACUGAGGAGUGAUGUGUGAGAGGAAAAUUAGUCUGGAGGCAGCAUUCAUUACAGACUGUAGCGAGGCAAUAUGGCUUUUGGGAAGACCAAUUAGGAGAAGGUUGCAAUAAUCCAUGUGGGAAAUUACUAGAGCAUGGACAAGCUCCUUGGUAGCAUCAUGUGUAAAAAAGGGGUGUAUGCGGGCUAUAUUUUUAAGAUGGAAUCUACAGAAUUUGGCAACAUAUUGGAGGUGAGGCCAGAAUCAAGUAUAAUGCCAAGACAGCGUGCUUGCAAGGAUGGACUUUUGUGGAUACCACUAACUUGACGGGAGUGCGAAAAAGGGGGAUCAGGAUUAGGAGGAGGAAAGACAAGGAGCUCCGUUUUAGAGAGAUUGAGUUUCAGAAAGUGGGAGGACAUCCAGUCAGAGAUGGAAGAAAGGCAAGCAGUGACAUGUUGCAGGACGGCAGGGUAGAGGUCCGGGGAGGAGAGAUAUAUCUGGGUGUCAUCAGCGUACAUAUGGUAGUGGAAUCCAAAAGAGGUAAUAAGUUUGCUAAGAGAGGCAGUAUAAAGAGAAUAUAGAAGGGGACCAAGGACAGAGCCUUAGGGGACUCCAACCGAGACAGGAUGAGGGGAAGAGGUAUCAUCAGAAAAUGAGACCCUGAAUGAGCAUUGGGAAAGAUAAGAGGAAAACCACGAGAGGACAAGAACCGAGUGAUUGAAGAGUUUGAAGAAGGAGAGCAUGAUCAACAGUGUCAAAUGCAGCAGAGAGGUCAAGAAGAAUUAGUAUGGAGUGGUGACCUUUGGAUGUAGCAGCGAUUAGGUCGUUAGUAACUUUGAUAAGAGCAGUCUCAGUAGAGUGGAGAGGGCGGAAGCCAGAUUGAAGAGGGUCAAGGAGAGAGUUGGAAUUGAGGAAGUGAGACAAGUCUUUCCAGAAGCUUUGAGGAAAAAGAAAGCAGGGAUAUGGGAUGCUAGUUAGAGGGGGAGGACGGGUCAAGGGAUGUUUUUUUCAGGAUAGGUACUACAGUGGCAUGUUUAAGGUCAGCAGGGACAAUGCCAGACAAGAGAGAUCAGUUUAAGAUUGGAUACCAUAGUGUCCCCUCUGUCACACUUAGUGGCCCCAUGCUGACAGAUAAGCGUUGUGAUGUGUUUUAAAGCAGCACUGUCACCCCCAUAUUAAAAAUGAGUAUAAUCACAAAGAUAGUAUAUUUAUGAAAUACAGAUUUUGGCUGUGUUGGAAUUUCACUGAAAUUCCAAUCUAGUUGAGAGAAAUACAGAGACAAAGUAGGAUCUACUUUGUCUCUGUAUUUCUCCUCUGCCUGACAUUUCCUGACACAAGGCAGAAUCUAUUUGUCAAGACUUGCAGCCGUCAUCAGUCAUCAUAAGUGGGGUCUCCCUGCCGAGGGACCUAAGAAGAGAAAUGUUAAUGUAUUAAAAUUGUCUGUUACAAGGCUGGAUACAGACUGGUUACUGUUCUGGAUAUCCAGAACACAUUACGAGUCAUGAUAACCUGAUACCCUAGUGAUUCUUCACUAGAGAAUUUUUAUUUAAAUCCAAUAUAUUUUGCAAUGCCCACUUUUUAAUCGCUUGAGCCCUCAAGACUGCCAGCAUUCCUGUGUAGAAGGGGGAGUAAAACAGUCUUAACUCUAGAUUUUACAAAACUGCUGGCUUUAUUACUUUUCUAGAUAAAUCAAUACCUCAGAUUAUUUUUCUCCUAUUUAAUGGAAUGUCACCCAGUGUGAUACAAGUAGAAAUUACUCACCCAAGUAUGUUAUCCAAUCCUGACCUUUCAUGAAGUCUGUUAAAUCAUUCACCCAUCUGUUUUCUUCUGAAAAGCCAAUAUUUCACAGAAGAGAAUCUUUAAUGUAAGCUAGUUUCUGCUAACAUGGUGCUUUAGGGAUAUGCUUAUAUAUAUUAUAUUUUACAAAAUACACAAUCCAGCGCACUUGC